AUGGUGCUCACCCUUGGUAUCGUCCUCCUCGCGUUCGCCGCAUUCUGCGGGGCGAAGGACACAGCCCCAUCUGAAGCCCAGAGGCUCGCCGUCAUCUUUGAAAAGAGCAAGAUCACUGACACUGUUCUCACAACUGUCUAUGACAUUGAGGAUAACGACAAGAAGUUUCACUGCGCAGCUUGCAGCAACAAGCUUACCAUCUCGGAUCUCAAGCUCGACGUCGAGUUCAACGUUGAUGACUACGGCCAUGGAACGCUCCGUGUGAGCGAGUCUGAGUUCGUUGUGGAUGCGACUUCUAAGGUUAUCAGUGGUAUCAGCUGCUCCACGAGCUAUAGCAAGUCUCAUGUCAGGGCCGAGUGCGUGCUGCCGCUCGACUCUCACCACAAGCCUCUCGGCCGUCCUUUCCGGCCUCAUGACGCGGUGGAUCAUCUUUACCACCCUCACCGUCCUCACCACCUCGAACGCCCUCAUCAUCCCCAUCACCCUCACUUUCGCUACAGGGUAGGACCUCAACUGACGGAUAAAUUGCCAAAACACACUGGAUAUGUCCCCAUCCACCAGCAAGUUGAGCGACCGUACCCAGUGAAGCCUGAUCCCAUUCCCCAUCCCGUGGAUGACAGCGAGGACACCCGGCCAUAUUCCCACCGACCAGGACGGGGAAGUUCGGAACCGCCCAAGACGUAUCCUACCAUCUCUAAGAGAGGAGAAAUGCCAUGUGAGUGGGCUCGGCCGUGCGGGAAGGUCUGA